UUACUGUAUAUUAUAAGUGGAAGAUGUUAUUUUAUGUUCUUGUGCAUUUUAAGAAAUAAGUAUUUUUACUAUUCUAAUUUGAAUGUGGGAACAUUUAUGUUAUAUUUAAUAUAUAACUUUACUAGGUUACAGGUAUGUGUGAUAAUUAUGUACCUGUAUUUGCAUAAUUAGUUAAUGCGCAGGCGCACCGUUAGUUUCAGUUUCGUUUUGGUUUUAGUCAGGACUGGUACGCUUGCCGGUUUACAACCUAGCUCCUAGCUCCUAGCAAUAAGUGAUUGUCACAUGAGUGUAUGUGAAAUAAAAAAUCAAAAUGGCUUGAGUUGUAUCCGCCGUGCUUGUCCUGAAACCCUUCCAGUGGGAAGUUUGUUAAGCUAUAGUGGGUAGUUUAAUAAAAAACUGGACAGUUGUAAACCGCCGUCGGAGCCGUGCUGAAUAUAUUCACGGACACCGAGCGGGAUAAAGCCAUCGUUGACGUCCGACGCGGGAACGGAGACCCGUGUUCUGAGGUAAAAGCGGUCAUUAACAAACCACUGCAACGGAGGAGCCGAUGCUAAGAGCUAACGGGGCCGUUAAAGAGGUGAAUAACUUCUACAACCGUGAGUAAGACUGUGUGCAUAAUAAUAACCGAAAUCAGCGCGGAUAUCAGCCGUAACAGCGGAGUCGAAUCUUUUGUAGCGAUGCUUUCUGAACAAGUCAUUUGAGUCGAUUCCUCUAAACGAUUCAUUUGAACGAUUCAUUUACUUAAAAGUGAUUUUAGUGAAUCUGAUCACCGGGAAAAGAGGCAGACAUGGCAGAUGACAAACCAUAUUUGGAGACUUUAAAGCAGAAACGCUCAAAUGCACAACGUAUCUUUACAACAAGAAUAAACCGCCUUGAAGUUAGUGCUGGACGUUUACGUGAAAUUGAGUUGUCAAGUGAGUUAACGAAAUUGAAGGAUGAUUAUGACAAACUCCUUGAUGUCAGUAAUGAGUAUAUUGAUGCACAAAGCCAAAUAGAUGCUACAUGUGAAGAUAAGGAGUUGCAGGAUGCUCUGGAGAAAAGAGACGCCUUUGAGCAAAAAUUCCUUAAAAUGGAGAGCAAGAUUAUGGAAAUGCUGUGGUCUAAGUAUGCAGAGCCAGACAUAGACGCUCUUGUAACACAGUUUAAAUCUGCUUUUAAUCGAGCUGAGGCGCUUGGCACAAGUAAAGUGCCAUGGAUGCAGCAAAGGGUCGAAAGUGGCAAGCUGGAUAGGAAACUCCAUGAACUCAGGGAGGCUGUGUACACUUGGAGAGAUUAUCGUCCACAUGGAAGAGAAAAAUGGAUGCUCUUUUUAUCAUUGAGAGAGGAUAAAGAGCAACUUAUGGAUGGGUGGACAUACAGCCAUGAGGAUGAGGUUAUGAAGAGGGACAGUACAAAACUAAAAGGCGAUGGUGACGGUGACAGCAGUGAGGAGGCAGAGGAUGAAAAUGAGGAAGGGGAUAACACGGUCGAUGGGCAUGUCGUAGCAGAUACCGACGGCCUUAGAACUGCAGAUAGCAUCACCUUUACUCAACCAGCAACCCUUGCUAUUACUACUCCACCUGUGAACAGUAAUCCUGCUGUUGUGAAUCUGCCCGCUGAAGGGCAGGGAACUGUAUAUGUUACAAGCCCUCCUUCAUUCAUGUCCACGGACAUAGCAAGCAUCUCUACCUGUGCUACCCAAGGUUAUACAGUCACUAGUCAAUCUGAGAGCAGGUAUGACACAGCUACCACACACAAAGCCCCCCUGCCUAUUCUGCAGUCAAGAAGGUCUGAUAGUGGACUUGGUGUUAGUUUCGCCCUACCCCCAACUCUUGCCAGCACUCCACAAUUGUUGAACGAUCGUGCUACUCCGCCUGUCGAUCUCAGCAUGGAACAAAGCAGGAACAUACCAUACAGCAGCCCUGGUUCUUACGCUGGUGGGGAUAACAGCUCUCAGUGGGCCCGACCGAGAAUAAAGCUCACACCCAUAAGCUUACCUAAGUUCUCCGGGGACAGGAGAGGUUAUUGGCGUUGGAAGGCUGAAUGGGAAAGUAUCCAGGCGCAAGCGGAACCUACAGGGUCAAGGGAAUGCAAGAAACUUCACUUACUGGAAAGUAUAAGUGAGUCUGUGAAAAAUGAACUCAGGCUGUUUCGCUGCAGAGAUGCGAACGAUAUCUUCAGGGAAUUGGAGAACCUUUAUGGUGACAAGGCACAAACGGCCGAAGAGAUCGUGUUGGAGCUUCAAUCACGACCUGCUGUUAAGAACUAUCAACCACGAGAAACAUUAGAGUUGAUCCUAGCAGUGGAGAGGGCAGUAAUGGACCUCUCAGACCUGGGGUGCGAAGACGCUGUACGGAAUCAACUGGUGAUUCGGUCUUUGGAGAGCAAACUCCCUGAUGUUAUGAAAAGAGAGUGGCUCAUGUGUGUGGGAAAUCCUGCGAACGAUGUCCAUCCUGGAAACCGCUUUGACAGGCUCUUAAUGUUCCUGGAAGACCAAAAAUCAUUGCUCGUGAGGUUGGAGCAGUUGCUGCCCAGCAAACCAUGGCCUGCUAAUGCUCCUGAGAGAUCAAGCCACAGAGAGAAACCAGGUGACAGAUGGAAAGAGAAGAAGUCGUUCACUAAGACUACAGCAAGUGAAGUCAAGAGAGACUCCAAGCAGUUACCCUGUGCUGUGUGUGGUGAUGGAGAUCACGGGGGUAAACUGUUUCGUUGUAAAACUUUCAGAAAAGCCAAUCUGUCAGAGAAGAAAGCUCAAGUGAAAAAGGUAAAAGCAUGUACAAAGUGCUUGGAUGUUCAUGGAGUUGAGAGUGACUGCACUUCGAAGUUUCUCUGUCGAAAGGAAGAGUGUAAGAAAGGUGACACUCUAGCGGACCACCACUAUUUCCUUUGCCCUAAGGCAUCGACAAAGAAGGACACUGCUAGAAGAGAAAAUAAAGCAGAGGAAAAGAGAGGAGCUCGAGGUCCGACAGAGGAGCAAGAGGCUGUGUUCGCAGAGUUAGGAUUGACUCCCCACCAGUUGGAGGCUGUCCGCAGAGCCUGUACUAACAAGACAACGUCGACAGUGUGUCCUGGUAACAGUCUUAUAGAACAGAGUGGCUUGAAAGAACAUCCAGUCCUUAUGAUGCUCGUACCCGUCACCACAAAAAGAGGAGACAGCCUUGGAGCUUUGGUCGAUCUCGCUUCUGACACGAAUUACAUUACACACCAAGCUGCGGAAAGGCUCGGACUGAACGGUGAACCAGUUUCCCUUGUCGUGUAUGGUGUCGGAACAAUGAAGGUGAAAGUUGAUACAAAGAGGUAUCUUGUGAAAAUAAAAGUAUGGACCUCUCGAGGAACCCUGAAACUUCACGAGAUGAUUUGCUAUGGGAUGGAAGACAUCGCCAAAGUGGAUCGUGUGGUGAAAUCAGAGCGGCUAGAGCAGUUCUUCCCUGAAGUGGAGCCGGGAGAACUGGCCCGCCCCAAAAGGGUCGAUCUAUUAAUCAGUACUCGUGAAGGUCGAUUAGCUCCGCAAAGACUGCAAAGGGUCGGCGAUCUAGUAUUGUGGGAUGGUCCUCUGGGCAAGAUCGUGAGUGGUGUACAUCCAGACCUCUUUGAAGACGUGGAGGUGGCUGCAUGGCGAUCGAAGACACACUUUGCUCAUUCAAUGAGGACUGUAGCCGUCAAAGUUGAGGAACACUUUGUGGGAAGGCCAGGAUGUUAUUUGGAGAAAGAGAACAGAGUGGAAGCUCGAACGACAGCAGCGUGCAGUAAAGAAGUCCUUGAAUGGCUAAAGUGGGACAGCAUCGGCGCUGCUUGUAAUCCUAUCUGUGGAGGAUGUCGCUGUGGAAAGUGCUCGCCGGGUGGAAAGGAGAUGUCCCUGGCUGAUGAGAAAGAGCUGGAGAUAAUAAAGGCAGGUCUAACCUACAGAGAGAGAGAUGCUCACAGCGACCAGCCCCACUGGGAUGCGAAGUAUCCCUGGAAGGAAAACCCAGUUUCUCUUCCUAACAACCGUAAAGCUGUGGAAGCAACAUUCCUGAGAACUGAGAGGCGGCUCAUGAAAGACCCUCUGUGGAAAGAAGCUUACAUGAAGCAAGUCCAUGAGAUGGUAGAGAGGGGAGCUGCUGUUAAACUCACUAAGGAUGUUAUGGACAGCUGGAAAGGUGCUGUGUGGUGGGUGAGUCACCUAACCGCCCCAAACCCUCAUUCAGUGACUACGCCAGUACGACUCGUCUGGAAUAGUAGCCAGGAGUUUGGAGGGGUUAGUAUGAAUAGCAUUCUACUCAAAGGUCCAGACGUCUUAAAUCCCAUUGGAGCGGUGCUUCUCAGGUUUCGGGAGGGAGAACAUGCGGCCAUCGGAGACAUCACCAAGAUGUAUAAUUCGGUCUGGUUGGAGGAACAGGAAGUCCAUGUGCAUCGAUUCUUAUGGAGAGACUCACCUGAGAAUGAGAUUGAGGAUUAUGCUGUCGUGAGGGUGAACAUGGGGGACAAACCUGCGGGGUGUAUCGCGCAGGUUGCCAUGCGGGAGACUGCAAAGUUACCCCAAUUCUCUGAGAUGAAGGAGGAAAGAAGGGUGAUCGAGGAAGACUCCUACGUCGAUGAUCUUCUCACAUCCCACAAUGACCCCCACCAUCUAGACAAUAUUCAAGAGGGAGUGGAAAGGAUACUGAAAGCAGGAGGUUUCUUUCUAAAGCCUUGGAUCCGGUCUGGUCAAAGUGGGAGGAGAGAAGGGACGGAGUCCAAGCCAGUAACUUUGACGUUGCCCAACCAGUUAAGGGAGGAAGAUAACAAAGCCUUGGGGGUUGGUUACCUUGUGCAAGAGGACAGACUCUUUGUGAUGGUCUCUAUCAACUUCUCCAGUAGGAAGAAGAAGAUGAGAACUGAGAUUGACCUCACAGAGGGAGAAGUAGAGGUAAAAACACCAAACCCACUAACUCGUCGUGUUCUACUGAGCCAAAUUGCUGGUCUGUAUGACCCGAUCGGUUUAGUAACCCCUGUGAAACAGAAAGGGGUAAUCCUUGUGAGGAGAGCCUUCCAGGAAGCUGGCAAGCUUACUAAGGAUACCUGGGAUGAACCUCUAUCUGAUGAGCUCAGAGGGAAGGCAAUUGAGCUGUUCAAAGAGUAUGCUCGUCUGAGUAGCAUUAAGUUCUACAGAAGCCUUACGCCUUCUGGUUGGAUGGGAAGACCCUGGGGAAUCACGUUUUCUGAUGGGAGCUGUGAGUCCUAUGGUGCAGUACUGUACUUGCGAUGGGAGACAUCAGAUGGUGUUGUCACUCGGCUGGUAGAGUCUAAGGCUAAGUUAACUCCUCUCAACCAGAAAGGUGAUGCUGUCAAGGCCGAGGUAUGUGGAGCUGUCUUUGCCACACGUCUGAAAGGAUAUGUGUUGAAGCAUGGACGUUUGGACGUGGAGAAGUGGUACCAUUUCAUUGACAGUCAGACGGUGCUUGGAGCCAUUCAGAGGGAGAGCUACGGUUUCCAGACAUUCUUUGCGAACCGAAUCGGGGAGAUUCAGAAGGCUGGAGCUGUAACUGACUGGUGGUGGAUACCAGGCGAAGUCAAUGUCGCGGAUCUAGUCACGAGAGGGUGCUCUCCUGAACUGCUGGGUGAGGAUUCUGUGUGGCAGAAAGGUCCUGAGUUUUUGUCUAGUCCAGUUGAGGAUUGGCCCAUAAAGUCCGCCUCAGAAGUGGCAGCUGAUGCUAGAGAGGUAGUGAGUAGACUCCAGAGAAAGGCCUUUUCAGCCGUCCUUACCAGAAUUCAAGCCAAGAAAUUGAUGAAUCCUGGCAGUCCUGGUGGUGAAGGUCCAAAAGUCACGGAUGGAGUUAGCAGGGCUUCAGUGUCCUUGGAAAAGGGGAUGAUAUCGACCUUGAAUGAUAUUAAGGAAGAGAAGUUUUUGUGGGGAGCCGCGCUCAUAGACCAAGUGGAUCCUACAAGGUGCAGUUCUCUCACUAAACUUUGUGGAAUAGUUGGCUAUGUUCGCAGAGCUGUGAAGAAGUGGUUGGCUCGUGUAGGCAGGACCUCCAAGCCAGCAAAGUGGGAGGCGGUAUUGACAGUAAAGGAAUGCGAAGCUGCUUUCCAAGACCUGUGCUUAGCUGCUCAGGAUGGAAUUACAUUUCCUAUGACGACGUUAAACAGGCUCGUUGUCAGCAGAGAUGAUGCUUCGGGGCUCCUGAGGUGUCAUGGUAGAGUCCAAGAUUUGACCCAGGAAGAGAUUGGUGUACCUUUAGUUCCUUACAAGGCGUGGAUCAGCACUCUUCUCACAAGAGAGGCCCAUGAAGCUAACCAUGAAGGGGUUGCUGGCACAUACCUCCGGGUGAGAUCUAAAGCAUGGGUGGUGAGAGGUACAAGGAUUGCCAAGAAUGUCGUUGAUUCGUGUAUGCAUUGUCGAAAGAUCAAAGCGAGAAUGUGUAAGCAGGUGAUGGGUGAACUUCCCCUUGAGCGGACUAAACCAGCCGCACCGUUCGAGUUUACAACGUUGGACCUUUUCGGUCCCUAUGUUGUUAAAGAUAAUGUUAGACGAAGAGUGGGGAUGAAGGUCUGGGGUGUGGUGUUCAGCUGUAUGGCUUCAAGAGCAGUACAUGCGGACAUUGUAGAAGAUCUGUCUACGGAAGGAUUCCUGAAAACAUACCAGCGCUUCACAGCUCUCAGGGGUCACCCAAGAAAACUCUGGUCAGACCAAGGGACCAAUUUUGUGGGUGCCAGACCAGUAUUACAGGAGCUUUACGAGUUCCUGAGUAGUAUUGAUAAAGAUCAGGUCCAGAAGAAAGCUGCCGUUAAAGGAACCGACUGGACGUGGGUGUUUCAUCCAGCGGAUUCUCCCCAUCGGAAUGGGGCAGCGGAAGCAGCAGUUCGUGUACUCAAGAGGGCGUUAAGUAGUGUUGGCAAGGAGUGUAAUCUGACAGCACUGGAGUUUCAGACCCUUCUGUACCUGGCUGCUAAUCUGUCAAAUGAGAGACCUAUUGGCGCCAGAGCUCAGGUACAAGAUGAGACCGUGGAAGUAAUCACUCCCAACUCACUUCUGCUAGGUCGUGCAGGACCCAAUGGGGACUCCCGAGGGUUUGAAUAUCCGACUUACCCCGUUGUGCGUCUGAGAACGAUCCAGAUUGAGGUAGAUAAAUUCUGGAAGCGGUGGAGCCAGCUGGCAGGUCCGAACCUCUACAUCAGCCAGAAGUGGCACGCGCCUGCUAGAAAUGUUGCAGUGGGUGAUCUGGUAUGGUUAGCUGAUCAGAACGCACUGAGGGGUCAGUUCAGGCUGGGUCGAGUCGUGGAGGUGUGUCCUGAUGCGAGGGGUGUAGUACGAGAUGUGAGAGUGUCAACAUGUCGGAGUUGUCCGAUUUCGAGCGGGCAGUCCAAGAAGAACCGAGAUGAGGAUAACUAUCCCUCCACCAUUCUCCACAGGGAUGUUAGGAGGUUGGUGGUUCUACUUCCAUCUGAGGAACAGUAGAGGAUCCCCACCAUGGUGUGUUUCGGUAAAGGAUCCCCACCAUGGUGUGUUUCGGUAAAGGAUCAAGACUUUCCCCACUGCUAUCCUCCCUGAGGCUGGUAGUGUGUUUCGGUAAAGGAGGUCAGUGUGUGUUGUCUUGGACAUUAAAACUACCUCAAUAUGUUCAUGUUUAAGUAUACAAAGUUAUUUGCAUGUUUAUGAAAGAAAUUCAUAUCUAAAAGUGAAUUGUUUAGUUAUGGUGGCCUACUUGGAUUUAAAAUCAGUAGACCAAGUGGGAGGUGUAGAGCUUUCCACCAGGUGUUACUACUGUUUGUAUUUUUACUGUAUAUUAUAAGUGGAAGAUGUUAUUUUAUGUUCUUGUGCAUUUUAAGAAAUAAGUAUUUUUACUAUUCUAAUUUGAAUGUGGGAACAUUUAUGUUAUAUUUAAUAUAUAACUUUACUAGGUUACAGGUAUGUGUGAUAAUUAUGUACCUGUAUUUGCAUAAUUAGUUAAUGCGCAGGCGCACCGUUAGUUUCAGUUUCGUUUUGGUUUUAGUCAGGACUGGUACGCUUGCCGGUGAGUGUCUGUAAAUUGGCAUUACUAAUAAUUAACGUUAAAAAGUUAAUAUCUAAUGAUUGUGUAAUUGCAUUAGUUUAUUGUGGUUUUUGUUUUGUGUUUUGUUUUAGGUUUACAACCUAGCUCCUAGCUCCUAGCAAUAAGUGAUUGUCACAUGAGUGUAUGUGAAAUAAAAAAUCAAAAUGGCUUGAGUUGUAUC